UGGAAGAAGAAAUUAGGCGCUCCUUACACGCAACGCGCAAGUUAGCAUCUGGCCCAUCAAGUAACUACAUAACAACAUAUGAACACACUCAAGAUAACGCCGCGACUUCUUCUCUCUCCUCUUCUCUUCUCUCUAGUGUUACUCUGCCACCCCUUCCUUGUUCCUCUCUCUAAAAAUUUCCAAAAUUAAAACAACACCGUCCCAUGAAACAAUUUUUAUUUGUCCAGUCCCACAUAAUACAAAUUACAUUGCAAAUUGUCUAACAAAAAAAGUGUUUGCCUUCCUCCUCUGAACUUCUCUUUCUUUCUCUCUCUUUCCCAGUGAGAGAUCCCUCUUUUCUUCUUCUCUGAUAAUUCGACGAUCAGGUUCCCCGACAUUCUCGCACUCAAUUUUUCACUUUCUUCGACCCUCCUCGUGUGUCUGUUCACGGAAUUCCGGUUUCUCUUGGCGCUUCUGUGGUUGCUCUGUUUCUUGGAAUUCAAUUCGGGAUUAGGGUUUAUGGGGUGGCUAUCGCGUUUCGCCUUGCAAGUGAAAUUUUCCUUUCUGGGGUUCUAGAAGUUGGGAUUUUGACAGCGUUCGUAGCUUCAAUUUAAUGCGGGCGUCGUGAUUUGUUCCGCAGCGUAAGCCAUGAUUAUCAAGCGCAACUUGAAAUCCCAAAUGCCGAAUCUGAAACGGGUCAAACUCGGUGACUCGGUGGGUGAGGACGAUGAUUGCUCCAACGCUCGGAAGAAGAGAAAGACCAACGGUUACUACCCUUUGAACCUUCUUGGCGACGUGAUUCCGGUGAGUUUUCACGGACUGUUAGGCGCCAGCGUGUCUGAGAAAGGGUUCUCUGCAACGUGGUGCACGCAGGCGUCGUGCAACGGGGUGGAAUCGAACGCGAAAAACAACGUCGUCGUGGAAGCAAAGAAGAAGAGCGAGGUUCAGCGGCCACCUCUGGUUAGGACUUCGAGGGGGCGAGUUCAAGUUCUGCCUUCGCGGUUCAAUGACUCUGUUAUUGAUAAUUGGAGGAAAGAGAGCAAGAGUAGUAGCGGCUUGCGUGAUGGUGAUUAUGAUGAUGAGUUUGAAUGCAAAAAGGAGAAGCUCAGCUUCAGGGCACCCAAGGUUUGCAGCAAUCAGAAGAAGGGAAAAAACGAGGAGAAAACGGGUUCCAAAGCUCGUAAGUACUCGGCAUUGUGCAAGAGUUAUGAGAGGAGCAAGUGUUCCAGUUUGCCUGGUGGUGGGGCAUUGGCCUUGAAGCAUGGUGGGUUGGUGGUUGAAGAAGACGAGAGGGGAAGGUUUUUGGAGGUGGAAGGAGUUGGUUUGAUGGGUUUGAAGGAGAAUAGUGGAGAGAGGAGAAGUGGGUUGUUUGGGCCAGAAGAUUUUUAUGCAGGUGACAUAGUGUGGGCCAAAGCUGGGAGAAAGGAACCUUUUUGGCCUGCCAUUGUUAUUGAUCCUAUGACUCAGGCUCCUGAGUUGGUUCUCAGGUCUUGUAUAGCUGAUGCAGCUUGUGUCAUGUUUCUUGGGUACGCGGGGAAUGAGAAUCAAAGGGACUAUGCAUGGGUGAAGCAUGGGAGCAUUUUUCCAUUUAUGGAUUAUGUGGACAGGUUUCAGGGGCAAUCUGAGUUGAGUUUCUAUAAUCCUUCUGACUUCCAAAUGGCAAUAGAGGAGGCAUUUUUGGCGGAGAGGGGUUUCACUGAGAAGUUGAUAGCAGAUAUAAAUACAGCAGCUACUAGCAAUGGUUAUGAUGAUUCUAUUCUGAAAGCCGUUCAGGAGGUUACUCGUUCAAACCAUUAUGCUGGAUAUCGUUUUCUGAACCAGGAUUUAUUUGAUAAGAAAGAGACACGGCCCUGUGAAGCUUGUGGGUUGAACCUUCCUUACAAAAUGUUAAAGAAGACUAGGGAUUCAAGGGCCGGGGGCCAAUUCCUAUGCAGAACAUGUGCUAGGUUAACAAAAUCAAAGCAUUAUUGUGGCAUAUGCAAGAAAGUUUGGAAUCAUUCAGAUAGUGGAAGUUGGGUGCGCUGUGAUGGAUGCAAAGUGUGGGUGCAUGCAGAAUGUGACAAAAUUUCUAGCAACCUUUUCAAGAAUCUUGAAGGCACUGAUUAUUACUGCCCUACGUGCAAAGCCAAAUUUGAUUUUGAAUUAUCUGAUUCAGAAAAACCACAUGCAAAAGUCAAGUGGAAUAAAAACAAUGGGCAGCUAGUGCUUCCAAAUAGGGUCACUGUUCUCUGCAAUGGUGUGGAAGGUGUAUAUUUUCCAAGCCUUCAUUCAGUUGUGUGCAAGUGCGGGUUUUGUGGGGCAGAAAAGCAAGCACUUAGUGAAUGGGAACGACACACAGGUUCCAAAUCAAGAAAUUGGAGAACAAGCAUUAGGGUGAAAGACUCCAUGCUACCUCUGGAACAAUGGAUGCUGCAGUUGGCAGAAUUUCAUGCUAUUGCUCAAGUUCCUGCCAAACCCAAGAAACCUUCUUUAAAAGAAAGAAAGCAGAAGCUGCUUACCUUCUUGCAAGAGAAGUAUGAACCUGUUUAUGCUAAGUGGACUACAGAACGCUGUGCUGUUUGUAGAUGGGUUGAAGACUGGGACUAUAACAAAAUUAUCAUUUGCAUCAGAUGUCAAAUAGCUGUUCAUCAAGAAUGCUAUGGAGCAAGAAAUGUUCGAGAUUUUACUUCUUGGGUUUGUAAGGCUUGUGAAACGCCUCACAUCAAGCGGGAGUGUUGUCUUUGUCCCGUAAAAGGUGGUGCUCUGAAACCAACUGAUGUUGACACAUUAUGGGUUCAUGUAACUUGUGCUUGGUUUCGGCCUGAAGUCUCUUUUGCUAGUGAUGAGAAGAUGGAGCCGGCUUUGGGUAUUCUAAGUAUUCCAUCAAAUUCUUUUGUGAAGAUUUGUGUUAUUUGCAAGCAAAUUCAUGGUUCGUGUACACAAUGUUGCAAGUGUUCUACUUAUUUCCAUGCCAUGUGUGCAUCGAGGGCCGGUUAUCGAAUGGAGUUGCAUUGUUUAGAGAAAAAUGGCAGGCAGACAACAAAAAUGGUCUCUUAUUGUGCUUACCACAGGGCUCCCAAUCCAGAUACUGUUUUGAUUAUGCAAACCCCUCUUGGGGUCAUUUCAACCAAAAGCCUUCUCCAAACUAAGAAAAAAACUGGUUCAAGGUUAAUCUCAUCUAACAGAAGAAAGCAAGAUGUCCCUCCUAUUGAUAACACCGAGCAUGAGCCAUUUUCUGCCGCUAGGUGCCGUAUCUUUCAAAGAAUAAACCAUACCAAAAAGAGAGCUGCGGAUGAGGCUGUUUCUCAUCAAGUGAGGGGUCACUAUCACCAUCCUUUAGAUGCAAUACAGAGUUUAAAUGCACCCAGAGUGGUGCCUGAACCCCAAGCAUUUUCUUCAUUCAGAGAACGCCUUUACUACUUGCAGAGAACCGAAAAUGAACGAGUUUGCUUUGGUAGAUCGGGCAUACAUGGAUGGGGCCUUUUCGCACGUAGAAAUAUUCAAGAAGGAGAAAUGGUUCUUGAAUAUCGUGGCGAACAAGUGAGACGCAGCAUUGCAGAUUUGAGGGAGGCACGCUAUAGAUUAGAAGGCAAAGAUUGUUAUCUAUUUAAGAUAAGUGAAGAAGUGGUAGUAGAUGCCACUGAUAAAGGGAAUAUAGCACGGCUCAUUAAUCAUUCUUGUAUGCCAAAUUGCUAUGCAAGAAUCAUGAGUGUCGGUGACGACGAGAGCCGGAUUGUUCUCAUUGCCAAGACUAUCGUGUCUGCCGGCGAUGAGUUAACGUAUGACUACCUGUUUGAUCCUGAUGAGCCAGAUGAAUUCAAAGUGCCCUGCCUAUGUAAAGCUCCAAACUGCCGGAAAUUCAUGAAUUAGGAAGGAUUAUACAAAUGAAAUGAAUAUCAGAUGACAAGUAUUGUUUCUUCUCCGCAAGGAGCACUAACCCCAUCCCCUAUUGUGCAGGGAAUCUCACAGUUAAACACCAAAGCUGUAAUUUUUAUCAAACCAAAAAGAAGAGAAAAAAACAAACAUAGGGAGAAAAAAAAGGCAUAGUUCAGUGUUUUUCUUUUACUCUUGGUUUUCUUUGGAUAUUCAUGGAACUCUAAUAAAAGCUAGAUUUUUCAUAGCUUUUGGCUCUUGGCAUCUCUGUAAAUGUAUAACCCUUUAUUACUCUUAUUUUUUUCUCAAUUCAAUGUUAACCAUUUUUUUCCUUCGUGUA